CCAAAACGCUAUCGUCGUCUAUCAUCAAUAUCGCACCUGCUUGAAAACCUGACUAGAUUGAACAAAGCAGUGAUUGUUUUCUACAUAAAUUGAGCCACAUUUCCGCAUUGAUUCGUCAUCAAGAAACUCUCAAACCAUGAGUGACUUUGUCAGGCUUGAUGUCGGCGGUUGCCAGUACACGACGACCACAUCGUCCCUGGUCCGUUAUCCGGAGUCCAUGCUGGGGGCAAUGUUCAGCGGGCGGGUACCGUCCGCUCGCGACGACCACGGGGCAUACAUCAUCGAUGGAGACGGUCCCAUCUUCCGCCACGUCCUAAGCUUCCUCCGACGAUCCAAGCUCGCUCUUCCGGAGGAUUUUCAAGACUGGGACCUGCUAGCUACCGAGGCAGAUUACUACCAAAUCAAGGAACUGGAAGCGGCAGUGAAGGCAGUUAAGGCGGAGAGAACGGCGAAGGAGAUGGAAUUCCUUGAAAUCAUCGUCAAAUAUAAGACUGAUGAAGAUGCUCGAUUCGGGGAAUUCGACAAUCUUGUCUACCGGGGAAGCGACGACACACUCCAGAAGGUCCCAAUACUCGACAGCUACUUCCAGCCGAGAAUGAUGAGAGGAGAUUCCAUCACACAACGCUUGAAGAAGCCAGAGGAUUAUUUCGAGGCACCUCGAACCCAUUCCCUGGAUCUCAUGCAGUUAUUCCAGCAAAUCACCAGGCUCGGGUUUAAGCUGAGCUCUUCAUCGCGUGGAGAUUCGCGGGAGGCAUGGGUGUUUACACGGAAAAUCAAGUAAACUUGUUUUGUCUGAAGUAUAAGUGGAGCCUACACGAAGGCCAACUUAGGAAAUAAUGCGAUUUAGAACUGUACAUAGAGCUGAACCAACUUUAAAACCGAUAAUAAUAUUGUUAAAUAUGAAAAAACAAAACGUUAAUUUUAAGCGCAUAAUUAACCAAGACU